AUGAAAAGACAAAACCAAAGCUCUGUGGUUGAAUUCAUCCUCUUGGGCUUUUCUAACUUCCCUGAACUCGAAGAGCAGCUCUUUGGGGUUUUCUUGGUUAUUUACCUGGUGACUCUGAUGGGAAAUGCCAUCAUUAUAGUUGUCAUUUCAUUGGACCAGAGCCUCCACGUUCCCAUGUAUCUGUUUCUCCUGAACCUGUCUGUGGUGGAAGUGGGUUUCAGUGCAGUCAUCAUGCCUGAAAUGCUGGUGGUCCUUUCCAAUGAAAAAACUAUGAUCACUUUUGCAGGCUGUUUUUCACAGAUGUAUUUCAUUCUUCUUUUUGGUGGGACUGAAUGUUUUCUUCUGGGAGCAAUGGCUUAUGACCGAUUUGUUGGAAUCUGCCAUCCUCUGAGCUACCCAAUGAUUAUGAACAGAAGGGUUUUCAUGAAAUUAAUUAUAUUCUCAUGGAUCUCAGGGAUCAUGGUGGCUACUGUGCAGACCACAUGGGUGUUUAGUUUUCCCUUUUGUGGCAACAAUGAAAUUAAUCAUCUUUCAUGUGAAACUCCAGCAGUGCUAGAGCUGGCAUGUGCAGACACCUUUUUGUUUGAGAUCUAUGCAUUCACUGGCACCAUUUUGAUUGUUAUGGUUCCUUUCUUGUUAACACUCUUGUCUUAUGUUCGAAUUCUCUUUGCCAUCCUGAAGAUGCCAUCAACCACUGGAAGGCAAAAGGCCUUUUCCACCUGUGCCUCCCAUCUUACAUCUGUUACCCUCUUCUAUGGCACAGCCAGUAUGACUUACUUACAACCCAAAUCUGGCUACUCCCCAGAAACCAAGAAGCUAAUGUCCUUGGCUUACUCUCUUCUUACACCUCUGCUGAAUCCACUGAUCUACAGCUUGCGAAACAGUGAGAUGAAAAGAGCUUUGAUAAAAUUAUGGCAAAGAAAAGUGGAUUUACAUACCUUUUUAAAUUAA